CGCUUCUACAGAUGUUUUCAAACGUUACACAUAGUACUUCAUAUCUCAAUAGACGUUGGGUCCCACCAUAAAAUAUCCACAGACCCUAACUGUACUCAUAGCCACUCUAUUCAUGCCUCACAGUAGCAAGCGAAAUAGGAACCUUCCGCUUGAAAUUGCACAGCAGAUAGCGGAAUUAUUGACAGCUCGAGACUUAAUAAAUGCUGGUUCUUCCUGGAGCUUCUUUUACGCUUCAUUCUCCAGCGAAAAAAUAUGGCAAACUGCUUAUACCAAAUUGUUGGACGGUUACCCUAUUGAUCAGUUCGUCAUCACUGAUGCUGUUCGAAAUGUGAAAAGACUUAAGUUCAUACAGUUCGAUGCACUGGAGGAUUCAAAGUUCUGCCAUUUAGAGGAUUGGGUGCAAUCGUGGAAACAGCGCUGUGUGUUUGCGGUACACAUUCUACAUGUUCAAGGUCAAAUGGUGUCAGUGGCCCGGCAAAAAUCCGAAGAGUUCAAGCCUCCACGGUCAACACCACUAUACGACAGCGCCUUCAUCCAAAGCAUAGAAGCAGAGGCUGGAGCUCCACUUCCUAUCGACUUUGUUUUAUACUUACUGAACUUUGCUCACCAUUUGACGUGCGGCGUGGACAAAAAUGUACCCAAAAUGGGUCUUGCGUCUGGUUCCACGUUUACAGACGAGAGUAAUUGGCGACGUGUUAUUAAAUUAACUCAAUUCCGCAAUAAACACGAAGCAGACCAUGACUUCAUUCAAGAGGAAAGACUAGAAGGUCUAAGCGAGGCCACCAUUGACUUUCUAAAUCACACAAAGAUAGUGUGCUUUUCAUUAACGGAACAUCGGUAUAAUAAUGGUCUAGAAUACUUGAGCCUGCUGGUCAGCACCAAAUCGGAUCUGCAAGACCAACUACCUCCAUUUGUAGAUAAAGACACGCUACAUGUCGACUUGCAAGCAAUGGAUAAGGGCAUUGGUAAAGUGUUCACAGGUGGAAUGUGGGCGACAGAUACAUUUCACUUUCGACCUCCUGAUGAUAUGGAUGAUAGAUAUCAACUGUUUCCUACUGCUGAAAGCUUCACAGACUAUUGGAUCCAGUAUAUUGCAACAAUAAUAACCAUCGGUAAAUUGCCUUCAUUGGAUAUGCCAGGCUACAAUGACUUGAUGACGGGUUUGCCAAGGUCGCCAGGGAUACCGAUGUCGGUCCUACUACCUCAAGGAAAAGGAUGGAGCGUUGCGAACUAUUUGCCAAUAUAUUACAGUUGGGAAAGCCAAUAUCACUUUCCUUCCUUCAACGCGUACCUCGAAGAUCAGUAUUCGCGUCCAAGUGUGGGAGUUACUAAAGCAUUUGACAACCCCGAAAACGUUCAAUUCCCGCAUAUACCAAUUGAUAUCACGAGUGGGUUUAAUAAGAGGCACUGGAAGCCAUAUUGGCAGCACUUGAUGUCACUGAUCCGAAUGGACUUGCCAGCUAGUUUUGUUCAUCUUCAGAAUGGAGAAAUGCCAGAAGCGCUCGACAUCAAUUCUGCUAUCUACCAAGUUCAACAACGCAUGAUAGAUGAUUGGAUUAAAUCAACUCCUUCGUCUGUAAAGGAGCAUAGGCAGCCGAGCGACUUUGAGAUGGAGCGUACUCGAAAGGCAACAAAUGAUUUGAUGCCAUUGAUCAAAUUAGUUCGUGAACGCCUUCCAAUUGUACUUUACUAUGAACCAGCUGAAUAUGGCAUUUCUCAACUGCUCAUGUAUAAGUAUCUUGUGGACCAUUUGAGUAGCCUAGAACAGAAGAUUUACAAGUACUCUGCUGAAGAUCUUGUAAUUGUUGAACACCGAUUACGGCACCAUCUAUAUUAUUGGCGCCGAGAUUGCAAAGGUCACAGUGACGCUGCAGGCCUGGAGAUUGACUGGACUGAGGUAUAGAUGGAGAAAGAUACUUGCAGGAAAGUCUUGCCUAAACAUAACCACAUCUGGUCCUUUUUUUUUUUAUAAUUGAUCGCCCAAAAACAGGACAAUAAAAAGAGAGUUGAACUCAAACAUGUAUUCAUAAACUAGCGAGGUACUAAUUGUCACCAGGUGAAACCCCUAUGGCUUCUAUAGUACCUGAUGUUUGAUGGCUGCCCUCUCUCUGACCCAGAAUUACUGAGUCGAUCACAUGACGCG